AUGGGAAUUGCUUUGCCUCUUUACACUCUCAUUGUUUUUCUUCUUUCGAUCUCCUUCGACCAUGUCGGACAUCGAAACCUAGUUUCCGCCGACGAAGCCCUGAUCCAAUCCGAAUGCUACAAUGUAGAUGUGCCCGCGACCUGCAUUCGGUGCGUAAAAUCCGACCCCCGAGGCGAAUCGGCCGAUAAAAUAGGCAUCGCGGCUAUCGUCCUAUCUUGUCUAAACCAUAGUGCUGGGGUCCAAUCGGCCAACAUGGCGCACUUAACUACGUACCGGUUCACAGAGGAAGCGAAACAGAUGUUUUUGAACUGCGCGGCCGGGUUUUCCGAAUCGCAGGUCGAUCUGACCAACGCGACGGGUCGGCUGAUGAACAAAGAUUACGACGGGACGAAUAGUCUCGUGAGGCAGGCGCUUGUUCGAGAGGUGAAGUGCCGAAGAAUUUUAGAGAAUCAUAUGCUUACGAUUCCUGCCAUGGUUUAUGAUAUGAGGGUUUAUAAAGAACUUUCCAAUGCAGUAAUGAGGAUAGUUGACAGAUUUUAG